AUGGAGGAUAUUCCGCCAGAAGUUCCGAAUAGAAGGGAGUCUGUUUAUAUCGUCCCGGAUGAAAACUAUCCUCUGAUCGCCCCUUCUCUUCCAGAAAUUCCCCGAGAAUCAACCGAAAACAGAAAAAAUGUCAUGCAGCGGAUCCUCAUCCGAAUUAUGCCGAAUCCUGGUCCUCUCUUCCAAACAAAAGAACCUUCAACUCUCAAACCAAAGCUAUCAAAGACGGAUAUCAGUAUGCCGAGCGAUUACAAACACGUUCAGCAUGUUGGAUUCGACCCCAACACCUGUGAAUUUACAGGACUGCCGGCAGAAUGGGAACGAAUGCUUGCAGAUGCGAAUAUCUCGAAACAGGAGAUUUCUAAGAAUCCAGAGAACGUUGUAGCGAUCAUGACCUUCCACGACGAGAGAAAUCAAGAACGCGACGAGCCAAAUUUCAUCUUUCAUCCUCAAACUCAAGAACCUCCAAAGCCGACCAAGCCACCAAAAAAGACCAUGGCCAAGAUCCAAGAAAAAAUUUUGGAGUCAGAUGAAGAAUCUAUCAUUUCCGACGCCUCUCAGUCAGAAUCGUCGGAUGAGGACGAAGGUCCACCUCCGCCAGUUCCAGCAAGGCCGAAUAAUACGAGGAGUAUUUAUACGAAGAGUUUGAUUGUCGAGAAGAACAACUUUCCUGACAUUAACGAUAGUAGUUCGAAAGCUUCAAAACCCAAUGGAGUGAAGUUUGCGGAAGGAGGAGUUCCUCUCAGAAAGAAAAAAGAAGAGUCUGCGGAAGAAAAGAUGCGUCAAGUCCUCGACCAGCUGAAGAAAAUCGUCAGCGUUGGCGAUCCAGAGCUCAAGUACGAAGGCUUCGAAAAGAUCGGUCAAGGGGCUAGCGGCAUCGUCUUUACUGCUACGGAAAUAACGACGAGACGCAAAGUCGCGAUCAAGCAAAUGGCGCUAGAAAAGCAGCCGAAGAAAGAUUUGAUCGUGAACGAAAUUAAGGUCAUGCGCGACUUUAGGCAUAACAACAUCGUCAAUUUCAUCGACAGUUUCUUGAAAAAGGAAGAGCUCUGGGUCGUAAUGGAGUUCUUAGCGGGUGGAAGUCUAACCGAUGUAGCAACGGAAACUUGCAUGGAAGAAUCGCAAAUCGCUGCUGUCAGUCGAGAAUGUCUCCUCGCUCUAGAGUAUUUGCAUUCGAAGAACGUGAUCCACCGAGAUAUCAAGUCUGACAACAUUCUGCUCGGCAUUGAUGGGUCGGUAAAAAUUACUGAUUUCGGCUUCUGUGCGACGAUUUCCGCGGAGAAGUCACAUCGUCAGACGAUGGUCGGAACGCCGUAUUGGAUGGCGCCAGAAGUUGUGACAAGAAAAGCAUACGGGCCAAAGGUCGACAUUUGGUCUUUGGGAAUCAUGGCGAUAGAAAUGUUGGAUGGUGAACCACCGUAUCUAAAUGAAAAGCCCCUUCGUGCGUUGUACCUCAUUGCCACCCAUGGCAAGCCGGAAAUAUCAAAUCCUGAGCGUUUGUCAAAGGACUUCCUUGAUUUCUUCGACGCCUGCUUGGAAAUGAGUGUUGAUCGAAGAGCCUCUGCUCGCGAGCUGCUACAGCAUAGAUUUUUGAAGAUGUCCGCUCCUCUUUCGUCUCUCACUCCACUGAUAAAUGCAGCAAAACAAGCAAUCAGCGAAGCCAGCUAG